AUGGAGGAUGACUGGUUGCUGAGCAUCCAAGAGGAAGUGGAGACCAAGGAUGUGCCUAAUUAUGAAAUUAGUGAAGAAGAAAUCUUGAGACACAAGAAAAGGAUCUGUGUCCCUAAUAAUGAGGAAAUCAAAAAGACUAUUCUAGAAGAGGCGUAUCGAAAGUGGAUCAGAUCUGUUGCAUAUCAAAUUGUGCUACCACCACAUCUUCCCAGUUUACACGACAAGUUCCACACGUCACAGUUGAAGAAGUAUCAUCCAAAUCUAUCUCAUGUUAUUGAGCCUGAAGAGGUCGAGUUGCGCGAUAAUUUGACCUAUUCAGCAAAACCAGAGCGAAUUUUGGAUGUUAAGGACAAACAAUUAAGAAACAAGGCCAUCUGUCUUGUUAAGGUAUUUUUGCACCUUCACCCUGGUGGUGGUUGUGGUGGUGGUGAUGAUGAUGAUAAUGAUGGUGAUCGACUGCUUCUUCUUGGAGAUCUCAUUUUCAUCGUUUCUAAUUCCUCUCAAACUCGUUAUCACCACUCUGUGUUCUUCAGAUUUCUUCGAACUUUAGUGGCUGCCUGUACACAUACAUCUCAAGCUCCGGAAGGUCAACUUCUCGCAUCGAACAAGGAAGUAAGAAUGGACAUUCUCAUUUCUGUUGUUGGAAAAAUAGUAGAGCUUACUGUGGAACCCAUUGGAAGGCAAGUCGGAUAUUUAUUAUGCUAUAGAAACAAUUUGAAGGAGCUAAAGGAUCAAGUCGACGAGAUGGAGGCAACAAAAAAACGUAUCGAUCGUGAAGUUGAAGAUGAAAAAAGAAAUGGAAAAGAGAUUCAAGCUGACGUCCUAAAAUGGCAAGAAGGUGUUAUUGAGACCUUGGAAGAAGUAGAGAAACUUUGUGAAGAUGAACCUCAUGCUACUAUACGGUGUUGGAAAUGGUCUUUUCCUAACUUUAAGUCGCAACAUCAAAUUGGGAGAAGAGCAAAGGAAAUGCUAAGCACCAUUGUUGAAAUGAAGGGAAAGGGGAAUUUUGAUAAAGGAGUUGGAUAUGUUCCGCAUUUGAAUAUAAUAAACAACUUUUCUUCUCCUAUAGGAAGUGGUAUGCUUGAGUCAAGAAAUUCAGUCAAGAAAGAGGUUGUGUUGUCUCUAAAGGACCCCAAGGUAAGCAAAAUUGGGGUUUAUGGGAUAGAUGGAGUGGGAAAGACCACUCUAGUUAAAGAAGUUGCCAAACAAGUUGAGGAUGACAAGUUGUUUGAUGUAGUGGUUGUGGUAACUAUAUCCCAAACAAAUCUUGAAACAAUUCAAGAAGAGAUAGCAGAACAGUUAGGGCUCCAGACUUUGAAAAAGAUGACCUCAUCAAUUGGAAGAGCCAACCUCUUAUGUGAGAGGAUUAAAAAAGAGAAAACUAUUCUCAUCAUACUAGAAGAUUUACGGGAGAAAAUUGAUGUGGAGAAUUUAGGAAUCCCUUCUUUUGAUGUAUGGGGAAAAAUUAAUUCAGAAAAGGUGGGAGUUCCUCAAAAAGAUGAUUACAAGGGUUGCAAAUUAUUAUUGACUUCAACAAGCCAAGAUAUUUUACAACAGAAUGAAACUCAAAAAAACUUUUGCCUUCAACUUUUGAAUGGUGAAGAAUCUUGGAGCUUGUUUGAAACCAUGGUUGGUGAUGUUGUUAAAGAUACGAAUUUUCAAAUUGUAGCAACCCAAGUGGUUGAAAGGUGUGGAGGCUUGCCCGUUUUGAUCGUCACAAAUGCAAAGGCACUAAAAUACAAUAAGGACAUUCAUUUUUGGAAAGAUACCUUGAACAAUCUAAAAAGGGAUAAUUCCAUGCUUUCAUCUCUGGAAUUCAAUUUGAAUCGGUUAGAAGAUGAAGCAAAAAAAGUAUUCUUGCUUUGUGGUGUGCAUGGAACAUCCAUACUCUUUAAUGACUUGUUGAAAUAUGCUAUUGGUUUGGGUAUAUUCAAAUGUAUAAAUACCAUUGAGGAUGCAAGGAUUAGGCUUUAUAGAAUAAUUGGUGAGCUGAAGGCAUCUUGCUUGUUGGUUGAUGAUGAUGCAAGAGCGGGAAUGAUCGAAAUGCAUAACAGUUUUCGUGGAGUAGCCAACUCAAUCGCCUCAACGUAUGUUUUCAGUAAAAGUAAUGCUAAGUUACAGGAUUGGCCAAAAAAAGGUAUUCUUGAAAGUUGUACCCAGAUUAUCUUGCAACGUUGUUGCAUCCAAAAGCUACCUGAAAGAUUAGAUUGUCCUCGCCUCACAUUUCUCCUGAUAAACAGCAGGGAUAAUCGUACUUUAGAAAUUCCAGAUUCCUUUUUUGAGGGGAUGCGAAAACUUGAAGCAUUAGAUUUGACAGGAAUCAUCAUGUCUUCGUUACCUAUAUCUCUCUUAUCCUUGACCAAACUCAAAACAUUGUGUUUGGAUAGUUGUUCACUAAAGGAUAUGACUGGAAUAGGUGCAUUGAAAAAAUUAGAAAUUCUUAGCUUAGUCCAUUCAUCUAUAGAAGAGUUCCCAAGUGAAAUAAAGCGGUUGACUAAGCUUAGAAUGUUAGAUUUGAGCAAAUCUGGAAUUGGGGCUACCCUACCCAACAUUUUGUGCAAAUUGGCCAAAAUAGAGGAACUAUAUAUUGGCAAUGCCACAGUUAAUUGGGAGGUGGAAAGUUCAAGUAAGCAAAAGAGAAAUGCCAGUCUCACUAAGCUCAGCAAUUUAACUGGCUUGACUGCUCUGGAAAUUCAAGUCCGUGAGGCUUGGCUUUUGCCCAAGGACAUACCAUUCGACAACCUAGAAAGAUAUAAGGUUAUUAUUGGGGACAUAUGGGAAUGGUCAAGCAAUAGAAACAUCUCGAGGUUGCUAAAGGUGAAGUUGGAUACUAGUAUUCAUUGGGAGCGUGGGAUCAAAACAUUGAUUAAAAAAGUGGACGAUUUAUACUUGGAUAGAGUAAGCGGCAUUUCAAAUGUGCUUUUCGAAUUGAAUGGUGAAGGAUUUCCAUUGCUAAAGCAUUUUCACAUCCAAAAUAAUGAUGAAAUUCAGCAUAUUAUCGACUCAGUGGGAAGGAACCGUACUCAUAUUUUGUUCCCAAAGUUGGAGACAUUGGUACUUCACAAUCUUAGUAAUUUGGUAAAGAUAUGUAAUGGUCCAAUCAGGGAUAAUUUUUUUGCAGAACUCAAGGUUGUCAAAGUUAAAAGUUGCCACCAAUUGAUAUAUCUCUUCUCUAUUUCAAUGGUUAAAGCUUUUUCUCAACUUGUUGAGAUUGAAGUUUCUGAGUGCAGUACUAUGAAGAACAUUGUGUUAGUAGAAAGUGAAGAUGGCGGCAAAACUAUUGAUGACAAGAUUGACUUUCUUCCGUUGCGCUCAUUGACUUUACAACAUUUGCCAGCCAUUGAUGAUUUUUUCUCCUUGAGAACUGAGCAAAACUCGUUGAGUGCUGAUACUCCAACACCAUUUUUUAGCGCCAAGGUUAAACUUUCUAAAUUGGAGACUUUGAAGUUGAGUACUUUGCAUUUGAAAAAGAUUUGGGAUGACAAUCAGUCUUCUGCGCCCUAUUUGUUCCAAAAUUUGGCCAACUUGACUGUAGAGGAUUGUAGUGGCUUAAAGUGUUUAUUCUCAUCUUCCAUGGUUGGAAGACUUUCAAAUCUCAAGCAACUUGAAAUAAGUAAAUGUGAUAUGAUGGAGGAGAUAAUCGCCACAGAGGAGAUAAAUGGCGUUCCACUAGAAGAGGUGCUUUUUCCCAAACUUGAAGCAAUAAUAAUAAAAGACAUGCAGAACUUAAAGAUGAUAUGGCAUCCUGUCUUGGCUUCAAAUUCCUUGACCUGCUUUAAAAAGUUAGAAGUCAAAAAUUGUGAAAAAAUUGAGAAAAUAUUUCCAGAAUAUAUGAAUAGAGCAUUUGCAAUUCUGGAGACAUUGAAGGUUGAAGGCUGUAUGUCAGUGAAAGAGAUAUUCCAAUUGGGUGUCAAUGCAGAUGAUACAACACAGCUCAAGUAUAUCACACUACUUCGAUUGCCAGAGUUGAAGCAAAUUUGGAGCAGAGGUUCUCAAUCAAGUACUCUUUGCUUUAAGAACUUGCAAGUUGUGCGUGUUGAAGACUGUGGUGAUUUGGAGUACCUUUUCCCAUUCUCCAUAGCCAUGACAAACCUACCUCUACUUGAACAAAUUAUAAUAAAGCGAGCUAAAAUGAUAAAGGAGAUCGUUUCCAAUAAAGAAGAACCCUUAGACGAUCCUGUAAAAUUUGUGUUCAAUCAACUUACCUCAGUGGUACUUUGGUGUUUACCAAAUUUGCAGGGAUUUUGUGCUGGAAAUCAUAGUUUAUCUUGUGCAUCAUUGAAAAAAUUGAGUGUCUACGAUUGUGGAAAAUUGAAGUUGUUCAAGACACAAGUCACAAGUAGCCAAGAAAGACUUUGUCAUGACAAUCUCCUGGUCUCAAUGAAACAGCCUCUCCUCACACUUGAAGAGGUGAUUGACAACUUAGAGAUGUUAGUUCUAAACAAUGAGGAUGCUAGCAUGAUAUUACGAUCGGAAGUUCCAAGGGACCAAUUCUGCAAACUCAAAGUUCUAGUGUUGUACAAAUUAGAAGAUGCUCAAGGUACUUCUCCGUAUUGGUUUCUCCAAAAUAUAUCCAGCCUUGAGUGGCUAGCCAUUCAAGAGAAUUCUUUCAAGGUGAUAUUCCCGAACGAAAAGCUUCAAGAUGAGAGUGGAGACAGUGAGAUCAAAACAAGGCUGAAGAAGUUGACAUUAUAUAAAUUGAAUGAACUCCAGCAUAUUUGUAGAGAAGGAUUCCAACUAGACCCGGUUCUUGAUGUUCUAGAACGCCUAUAUGUGGAUCUAUGUUCUAAUUUGAAGAGCUUGGUGCCUUCUUCAGUAACCUUUAAUCAACUGUCAAUUUUAGCUGUGCAUAAUUGUAAUGGAUUGAUUUAUUUGAUUACCUCCUCGACAGCAAGAAGUCUGGUAAAGUUAACAGAACUGAUAGUAAGAGAGUGUGAUUCAAUUGAGCAAAUUGUGGUAGAAGAAGGAAGGGAAAGCACAAAUGAAAUUACAUUCAACUGUCUAAAAGUUUUGAGACUUGAAUCUUUGCCAAAACUCAAAAUAUUUUGCUCUAGUAGUAACUGUGGCUUGAAGCUUCCAGUACUGGAGAAACUUGUAAUAAGGCAAUGUGCAAGAAUGGAGAGCUUCUCUGUGACGGACACAAGUGCACCAUUGCUUCGAGAGAUACUGACAUACCAACAAGAUGUAAAAUGGUUUUGUGAAGGUGACAUAAAUAGUACAUUGAACAAGAUGUUCCAUGACAAGCUUCUAUUGCUUAAUGUGUUCUUGAAUGUUUGGGUAGCAUUCCGUAGUUUCGAACAUCUGGAGCUAUCUCAAUAUCCUGAGUUAGCAGACGUCUGGUAUAGCCAUGUUAAGCAUGAAAUGUUUGUAUUGUCCAACUUGGAUAAGCUUGAAGUAAGUGAGUGUGAUUCACUGGAAGCUCUGAUUGAAUUACCCAAUAUGAAUGAAGGAGAAAUGGAAAACAUGAGCAUUCAUUUGAAAGUAAUAAAUCUCUCUGGUCUACCUGAGCUCAAACAUAUUUGGAGUUUUGAAAAAUUGGGGGAGAUUUCUUCUGAUAACAGUCAAGGCUUUAGGGGAACAACAAAUGAGGGUGAUAUCCAUCAUCAACGACCAAUGUAUUCCGCUGGACAGGUUCUUUUUUCCAAUUUGGAAACAAUAAUAAUAAAGGACAUGCCGAAAUUGAAGACAAUUUGGCACCCCUUCUUUACUUCAAAUUCCAUUAGCAGCCUUAAGACCAUGCAUGUCUCAAAAUGUGAGAAACUUGAUAAGAUAUUUCCAUCAUAUAUGGAAAGAGCAUUUAGAAGUCUAGAGACAUUGAUAGUUAUUGACUGUAACUCAGUAGAAGUCUUAUUCGAAAUCAGCUGUGAGACCGGCAGUGCAGAAGAUACAGCAGGACUACAGAAAUUAACUCUACUUCGAUUGUCAAAGUUGAAACAAAUUUGGAGCACAGAUCCUAAAGAAAACCUUCCUUUUCACAAAUUGUUGCAUGUGUGUGUUGAAAACUGCAAUAACUUGGAAUACCUUUUUCCAUUAUCCAUUGCAAUGCACGCGGUUCACAUUGAAGAUAUUACCAUAAAGAAUGCAGGGAGGAUGAAACAAAUAGUUUCAGAGGAAGAAGGAAUCUUGAGCAAUCCAGUCAGGUUUAAGUUUGAUCGCUUGACCUCAUUGGUACUUUGGAACUUAAAUGAAAUGGAGGGAUUUUUUGCUAGAUAUCAUAGUUUACUUUGUCCAUUAUUGAGGGAAUUAGAUAUUCGGAAUUCUGGAAAAGUAAAGCUCUUCAAGACACAGCAUUGGAGCAGCCAAGGAAGAGUCUCAAUGCAGCAGUCGCUUUCCAUAUCUGAAGAGGUGGCAUUCCAUAGUUUGGAGCAUUUGGAGCUACCUCAAUAUCUUGAGUCAGGAGAUGUUUGGUACAGCAAUGUUAAGCUUGAAAUGUUUGGUAAUUUGAAAAUUUUAGUAGUUCACAAAUGUGACUUUUUAUCAAAAGUCCUUUUUCCUGUAAAUUUGCUGCAAGUGUUGUCUAACUUGGAAAAGCUUGAAGUGAGUGAGUGUGGUUCAUUGGAAGCAAUAUUCGAUGUAAAAGCAUUGGAUAAGAAAGCAAUGGAAUCAAAGGAAGUUAGUCGAUUGAAAAAUUUAACACUCUUGGGGCUUCCAAGUUUAAAGCACAUAUGGAAUAGAGAAGCAGGAGACAUAAUCAACUUUGAGAAUUUACAGAUUGUGAAAGUUGAAAAAUGCCAACACCUAAAAAGCUUGUUUUCAGUCUCGCUAUGCCAAGACUUGAGGCAGCUUGAAGUACUUCACAUUGACUCCUGUGGUGUUGAGGAAAUUGUUUCAACUGAAGAACAACUGGAGGAACCCAAGUUUGAUUUUCCUCAGUUAAAAGUCUUGAAGCUAUUUAAUUUGACUCAGCUCACUAAUUUCUAUCCAAAAAAAUAUAUUCUAGAAUGUCCUUCAUUGAAGAGCUUAAAUGUUCGUGGAUGCAAAGAAAUGAGAAUAUUUGCAUUUGAUCAUUUGAAUUCCCAACCGCUUUGGAAGGAUGACAUCAAUUUGCAAAUUAAACAAGCUUUGUUUCAUAUUAGAAAGGUGUCCCAAAGUUUGCAAGAGUUGCCAUUAAAUGAAGAGGACACUAUGAGGAUAUUGAAAGGAAACUAUGAGAAAAAUCUCUUUAAGAGCAUAACAAUGCUUCGGUUGCAAUAUUUUCGGGAAACUCCAAUAAAGUUUCUAGAUGAUUUGAUUCGAAAAUUUCCAGCCACAACCACACUUCAAGCACGUUGUAGUUCUUUUGAAACACUCUUUCCUUCAAAAGAAAUUGGUCAUUGCAGUAUUGAUAGUCUCACACACAUUAAAACAUUGUGGCUAUUUCAAUUGGAGCAACUUGAGCGUAUAUGGAAUGCUGACGACUCAGCAUCUCAUCCCCUAGUUCAAAACCUUGAACAUCUAUAUAUAUGGGAAUGUUCAGGGAUAAUAAGAUUGGCACCGCCUUCUGCAUCUUUCAAAAAUUUAAUUUCCUUGGAAGUGAAGGGUUGCAAUGGACUAAUGUAUUUCAUGACAUCUUGCACUGCUAAAACUCUUGUCCACCUCACAAGCUUAAGUGUUAUCAACUGUGGGAUGCUAGAGGAAGUUGUGAUAACAGAUGAAGGAGAAUUAGAAGAAGAGAUCACAUUUGAAAGCUUGAAGUGUUUGAAACUAACUUGUUUAUCAAGCUUGAAAAGCUUUUGCUUUGGAGAACACACCUUGAUAUUCCCAUCUCUAAUGACAUUAACAGUGAUAGGAUGCAACAAAAUGCAGAAUUUCUCAUCUGGAGUCAUCAUUGCCCCAUUUUUGAAAUUAGUGGUAGCGGAAAAUGGAGAGAAGCGUUGGAAAGAAGAUCUUAACACCACCAUAAUGCAGUUGGUCGUAGAUAAGGCAACUAACGAAGGAGUUGAAGGUGACUGCAAUGAAUCUUCAAGUAUAAAUAUACAAAGUAGUCAAACAUAUCAAAAGAGCGAGAGUACAAGUAGAGCAUUGACUUCUAAGGUGCAUGGGGUAAAAUCAAAGGCUAAUGAGAUUGUUGAUUCAGGGAAGCAAGAAAUCCACAAACUUCCUACUCCACAUACAGAUAUUAACACGCAAAAGAUAUCUGAAAUCACUGAGACGCCCCUGGAUCAAGCUAGUCAAAACAAAUCAAGUCCUACAAAAGUUGAUGCAGUUACUGAUCCAUCACCAUCACAAGGUGAAGAAGCCGUGACCUCAUCAAACCAAGAUGAAGCUACUGGGAUUCAAGAGAUACAUGAAUCCAAGAGGCGAUUCUCAGUUCACGAUGUACAAAAUGUAUGGAGUCCUACCAUGGUUUACGAUACAGGAAGAUCAGAUGACACAGACAUAAUUCUUGGAAAUAACUUGUCCUAUAAAACUACAAAUUCUGUAAUGGCUGAAAACCCAGCAGAUCUAGCUCUUUCACAAGCUUCAAAAGCUGCGUCUUCGUCAACAACACUCGUAGCAGAUAUUUGCACCAGCUUUAAGGAGGUGGACGGGUUGUUGCCAUAUUUGGAGGCUGGGGUGAUGCGACAUCCCCAAGUGCUUAAUUGGUUCAAUACAAAGCCACGAAGAGCAUUCACUGCCUUGUUCACCGAAGUCACUAGUAUUUUGAGAACCACUCGAAGACGUGACUUGAAAAAAGAUCAUCAAAACUACAUCGAAGAAUGUUGUGCUGCCUUAGAAGCAGUUGGUUUUGAUGCUUCUUGGCUCAACUAUGUGUAUGGCUGUAUUGAGAGUUGUGGUGAUGGAGAUGAACUCAGGAGAAAGCUUGAGGAGAUUGAAGCAAAAGUUUCCACUCUUAGAAACGAGUUAGCUUCUGCAGAGGCAUCCUUAGUCUCAUUACGGGACGAGGCAAGCAGGCUCGAUAAUUUUAUUGAGUCAUAA